AGUUUCAAAUUAGUAAACGAUAAAGUAGAUGAUAAUUAAAUUCAUGUCAUAGCCAUGAACGAAUGUUAUGUUAAAAAAAUUUCAUGUAAGUAAAUUCUUUGGAGUUCGAUUCUUCUUUUGUCCUUACACAAUCAAAGAUUUUUCUUUCAACUUUUUUUACUUAACAGCAUUAACUCUUUCUCAGAUCUUCAAUUGUUUUCCUAAACGAAAUUAUCAUUAAAUUGUUUAAAAAAUACACAUUUAAUAUAACAUAUAUCAUAACAAGAUAUAUUAUAUUUAUGAAAAAGAGAUGUAGUACUACAGCAUAUGGUGGCAAACAAACCCACUAAAUUCAGUAAAAUGGAACCCACCAAAUUUAUCUAUAAAUAAGUCCCCAAACCUCUCCCCCAAAAAUGCAACAACACUCAUCUUUCCCAAUAUAAGUUUUUACCAAACAACAACUUUUGUUUUGCCUUUCCUCAAAACAUAAUUUUGUCUUAUUUUCUAAACCGGUAAAAGAUGUCGCUAGCUAUCGCAGAAGUUUACACGGUGAGGAAGUUUCACAGAGAGAGUAUGAAGAAACCGGCCAAACAGACGGUUACCGGCGAGGGAGAUGAAAAGAUUGGCGGAGGAAGUUUCAAGGAGGCGCCGGUGAAGUCAGGUGGGUGUAGAAGAUUCGGACGGUGGUUUUUUGGGAAGCCGGGAAUGAAGAAAAGCUCUGCUAAAGUUUCGGAUCCCAUGGCGAUUGAGUGAUGAAGAAGAAAUUAAAACUUUUCUCUUCUUUGCCUUUUUUUUUUUUCUUUCUUUAUUUUGUUUUAUUUUCAUUGGUCUUUUUUUAAUGGCUUUUUCUAGUGUCUUCUCUUUUUCUUUAUUGGGUGAUUUUAUAAAUAGUCGGUAAACAUUGUACAAUAUGAACUACAAAAAUAUGAGAAAAUCUAUAUAUGUAUGUAGAAUGGAUGUAUUCCCUAAAUACCACAGCUAGUUUGAUAAGUUUUAUGCCAAACCAACUAAACUUGUAUGCCACGAUAUUUCGUAUUUCAGAAAAUCGAAAAUUGUUAUUUUUUAGUGUUUUUU